AUCAAACAAACAUAACCCAACAAAACAAAACUUAAAAAGGAUUCUGUUCUCUCCAAAGUCCAAACACAUCUCCAAGGAAACAUGAAAACUGCAAGAGGUCUAGUAGUGUUGCUUACAGUUUUUAUGGCUGUGAUGUCUUCUACAAGAGUCUCUGCUCAGUCCAGCUGCACAACCGCGUUGAUCAGCAUGUCUCCUUGUCUCAACUACAUUACCGGAAACACUACCUCUCCUUCUCAGCAAUGCUGCAGUCAGUUGGGUAAUGUAGUCAGGUCUUCUCCUGACUGUUUGUGUCAAGCCCUCAACGGUGGAGGCUCUCAGCUUAGGAUCAACGUUAACCAAACACAGGCUCUUGCCUUGCCUAGGGCUUGUAAUGUUCAAACUCCUCCUGUCAGUCGCUGUAACAACGGUGGUGGUUCUACUGCUGACUCUCCUACAGGUUUACCAAACACUUCAGGACCAGGAAAUGGAUCGAAAACUGUGCCAGUAGGAGAAGGAGAUGGAUCAUCGUCACAUGGAAGCUCUAUCAAGUUCUCAUAUCCUCUUCUUGCCUUUCUUUCUGUGGCUUCCUACAUCGCAAUCUUUUUGAAACUCUGAUUUCUUCCAAUCCACGUUUCUCCGGAAAACGAUGAAGCUUUUAUGCCCCAUUCAGAUUGCAUUUUUUUUAUUGUUCCCUAUUUAUUCACAUUUCCUUGAGAUUUAUGUAAUGUAUUCUAUCUUCUAUGUAUCCCCUACUCUCCCGGUAGCAUGUUGGAUCUCUUUACCUU